AUGAUUCACCUUCAUCGUCUGCUCUCUGCUCUGUUUCUGCCUCCUCUGGUUUUGCGUGUGUGCUUCCUUUUCUCUCUGCAUCUGACUCUCUUUCCUUUGCAUGACAGCGAACCUGAGAUUGCAUGUUUUAAAUUUGGAAGUGUCCACGUGAUCCCAGUGACCAGCCCCGCUAUUGCUUGCGAGUUCUUGAAGAAACAAGAUGAUGUUUUCGCAUCAAGACCUCUUAGCAUGUCCUCUGAUCUCAUCUCAGCAGGUUAUUUAACGGCGGCACUCGGGCCGUACGGAGACCAAUGGAAGAAGAUGAAGAAGCUGAUAAGCAGGGACUUGCUUUCUUCGACGAAGCAUCGAUGGCUUCACGAGAAAAGAAUGGAGGAAGCUGAUAGCCUCAUGCAUUACGUCUACAGCCAAUCCACUGAGCGUAAGAAUGAUCAUGGAGGUGGUUCUGUGAAUGUGAGGCUAACUGCUCAGCAUUUCUGCGGGAACGUGAUUAGAAAAAUAAUCUUCAAUAAAAGGUACUUGGGAAAUGGUGGUGGGAACGGAGGGCCUGGUCCCGAGGAAGUAGAGCAUGUGGAUGCGUUAUUCAAAUUGCUCAAUUACUUGUUCGCGUUCUCUAUGUCCGACUUUGUGCCAAGUUUGAGAGGACUUGAAUUGGAUGGGCAUGACAAAAUGGUGAAGAAUGCUUUGGCGAAAGUGAACAAGUAUCACGACCCCAUCAUUGAAGCAAGAAUCAAGCAGUGGAAGGAUGGCAUCAAGACUGAAACUGAGGAUUUGAUUGAUGUCAUGAUUUCACUCAAAGAUGUCAAUAAUAACUCCUUAUUGAAGGCACAGGAAAUCAAAGCCCUGGAAAUGAUGAUGGCAACGGUGGACAACCCAUCAAAUGCAGUAGAGUGGGCACUCGCAGAAAUGAUAAACCAACCAGAGCUUCUCGAAAAAGCCACCCAAGAACUCGACCAAGUGGUAGGCAAACACAGGCUUGUUCAGGAAUCAGACAUCCCGAAACUCAACUAUAUCAAAGCUUGCUUGAGAGAAGCCUUUCGCCUUCAUCCUAUUUCCCCUUUCAACGUCCCACAUGUCGCCAUGUGUGACGCAGUGGUUUCCAACUACCUCAUCCCAAAGGGCAGCCACGUGUUACUUAGCAGACAAGAGUUAGGGCGAAACCCUAAUGUGUGGAAGGAUGACCCUCUCAAGUUCAAACCAGAACGACACCUCGUGGACAACAUGUCUGAUGUGUUUUUAACUGAGCCAGAUUUAAGGUUCAUAAGCUUCACUACAGGAAAGCGUGCAUGUCCGGGAGUGGUGCUUGGGACUACUAUCACUGUGAUGAUGCUUGCUAGGUUGCUCCAUGGCUUCACUUGGAGUGCGUCACGUCAUCAACCGAUUGAGCUUGUUGAGUCUCAGACUGAUCUCUUACUUGCUAAGCCACUUGUGGCCAUAACACACCCAAGGUUGCCAAAGGAGGUUUACCUUUUUGAUUAG